AUGGCGUCCAUCGACACUGACGGUGAAAUUCAAGAUUUAAUUACUUGCAGCAUUUGUUUAACCGAAUUCGAUCAAGACGAGCACAGUCCAAAAUUUUUGCCCUGUGGCCAUACCCUUUGCUCUUCGUGUCUCAAGGCGAUUCGUGAAAAUCGAACGAUUCGAUGUCCAUUAUGUCGCAAAGUCCACACGCAAAUCAAUUUGGCGACUUUACCUAAUAACAAUUACGCCCUGCAGGUGGCGAAACUUGCCAGAGAGAAAAAACAACUCGAGUCGCUGUUACGACAGAACGAAACGAGUCGAGAUUCUUUGCUGUCCAGCACUGCUGACGACUUUUCGGCAUUGAAAACUCAACUGGGCAAAAUGCGGGAGCGUCGACAAACAAAUUUAAGUCAGGCCAUUGAAAUGAGGAAAGAAAUUUCAGCCUACCUGUUGCUAGUGCUGGAUUCGGUCAAGAACGCGGAGAAGGAAAUAGCCGGACAAGUGGAUGAGAACGACAGAUUUUUGACAGAUUUAAUUUCACUUUACGAAGGAGAGAACAAACUGGCGAAUGUCAGCGACGAAUCGACUGGAGAAGCUUCGAAUGUCACCGAUGACAUGUCAGAAUUGGAAUCGUUGAUGAGUAGCUGUCAGUUAAUGCGUUGCCCUGACGACACGGAAGAAACGAUCAAAGAGAAAAUGAGCCAAUCGGUUGAGAAAAGUCACGACAAAUUGAAGCUAGCUACUUGUGAAAUGACUCAAUUGCAUAAGUGGAAGAAUGCGUCGUUCGUUUUAAAAGCGCAAGGUCCCGGCUCUGUUUCGUUAUUCAAUUCAACUAUCAAAAUUGAUUGGACAACUACUCCAUUUUCAUCGAAAGAUUUGAAUCAUUUACUUUUGUCGCAUUUGAUUUGUUAUGUAAUUAAACCGGCCGCAGCGACGACUGAUGUUCCAAACGCUUCCAGCGGAUUCAAUCUAGCAUCCCUUUUUUCUAUUUCUGCCGAAUCAAACCGACGUUAUAGUGAAGCCGAUGAUUCUUACCUUGCUUCAAGACUUGCAGAAUUGUUCUCGGAUGCUGACGAAUCAACGGAAUCCAGUUCUGAAUAUGGUGGCGGCACCUCAAUUUCUUCAGGACUUUUUUACAGGAGAGAAUCGUUUAACCGUUCAGAUGAAAGUAGAUUUGGCUCUGAGGGAGGGUUUGGAACAUAUAGUCAGCGAGAGAGACGAUGGAUUUAUUCAUCAAAUAGCGAUUAA